AUGGGAAAGAAGAAGAAACAAAAGGUGGCGAAGGAUGAGACGGAGGCGUGGUGCUACUACUGCGACCGAGUUUUCGAGCACGAGGAGGUGUUGAUUCUUCACCAGAAGACGAAGCACUUCUCGUGCAUGUUUUGUAAAAAGAAGCUGUCAACCGCGGGAGGACUCGUAGUUCACGCUCAACAAGUACAUCAGGUGCGCCGCCGAAUGGCGCACCACCUGGGGCUCCCCCCGUUGGACCGAGAGGUGCCGUACCGCCGUUGUUCCCGGCAGGCGCUGCUGCCGCCGCCGCCGCCGCUACUGCACAACAACCGGUGGCGGUCGGGAGCACACUCACGCGAGCACCUACACAUGGAGCACCAGGAGGACCGCCGAACGCUUCGAGCGGGCUACCUGGGCAAGCGCAAUCGAUGCCGGCUGUCGUUGGAGAUGAGGAGUUUUCGAUGGAAGAGAAGCGAGCGGAGCUUGCUGCCUAUAAGGUGUGACCGGCGUGGCCGUUCGCCUCUGCCGCAUGGUCCUUGCCGAGCCGGGCCGCGAUGCUUGUCGUGCAAGGGACGACCCGCCUUUCAGAUAUGGCUUCGUGACAAGGCACGUUGUUUCGGUAAUUUAGAGCAAGAGCUGAUGUUUUGGGUAGCAGCAGCGACGUGAUGUUUCUCGCCUCUGUUUAUUCGAGUGUCCAUGGGGCAUGUCCCGUGGAACGUGGACCACAUUGGAAUCAAGGCAAGCACACUUUCAUGUGAGUCCGUGUCCUUUCUGCGAAGUGGCUGUGUGGGCUUCGGACUCUCGGCUAUGGCGGAAAUAAUAGUUACGCUUUAACAGUAGCCAGCUUCUGCAUCAAUCUUGUCUUGAUCAAGGCCAGGUGCGUUUUUUGUCAAUGAUGAGCACAUCAUACCAUUGCCCGCGAAAAUGAGGCUGGCUGCUGUUUGACAAGGUGGGUGUAGUUUAUCUCAAGCAGAGUUGGUUUGGCGUCACAGAAGUGGAAUCGAGGGGACCAAUCGCCUUGUCAUGUAAGUCCUACACUGCUCCUUAACG